AUCUAUAAAGGGUCCGGUCCCUGAUCUCCUGUCAGACCCUUCCAAACAGCUGUGUUUAAUUAGUCUGCAGGGCUCCGGUUAGACGUGUUACAGAUACAAUAAGGUCCACUAUCUUAACCCUAUAAAUUUCUGAACGUUUCGCAUUUAACUACCCAAUUCGCCUCCCCCUUCAUCGAUAUCUUUUAUUUAGGCUACGUCCUGGUCGCUUGUUUGUGUUCGAUCGGUCAUUGACCAAAAUCAAAAUGCCUUCUACAUCUACUAUCCUCACCACCCUCGUCGCGCUGGCCGCGACAGCCUCUGCCGUGACCCCGGUCGUGGUCGACGGAAAAGACUUUGUGAACAGCGAGACAAAAGAGCGAUUUCCCAUCAUUGGCGUUGACUACCAACCCGGAGGCGCAGGCGGCUUCAGCACGAAAAAAGACCCCCUAAGCAGCCCCAAAGACUGUCUCCGAGACGCAGCAUUAAUGCAGCGACUAGGCGUUAACACGAUCCGUGUCUACAACCUUUCCCCCACUUUGAACCACGACGAAUGCGCAUCUAUCUUCAAUGCUGCGGGUAUCUACAUGAUCCUGGACGUCAACUCGCCGUUGCAGGGCGAUAACCUCGAUCGCACGCAGCCGUGGAAUAGCUAUAACCCCGGAUACUUUAAGCAGGUCUUUGGUAUCAUUGAGGGGUUUAAGGAUUAUCCCAACACGCUGGCGUUUUUCUCGGGGAAUGAGGUUAUUAAUGAGCAGGCUGCGCAUGCUACUCCUGCUUACAUUCGCGCUGUCCAACGCGACAUGAAAGCCUACAUCUCCAAACACGCCACGCGCCCCAUCCCAGUCGGCUACUCCGCCGCCGACGUCCGCAGCAUCCUCCUCGACCAAGCAAACUACUUCCAAUGCGACGUCAAAACCGCCGACUCGCGCGCCGACUUCUUCGGCCUAAACUCGUACUCCUGGUGCGGCGACUCGGACUACCACGCCUCUGGAUACGACGUGCUCACUGAGGAUUUUGCCAAUUCCUCGUUUCCCGUUAUUUUCUCGGAGUAUGGGUGUAAUGCCGUGCAGCCGAGGAAGUUCUCUGAAGUGCAGGCGUUGUAUGGCGAGGAUAUGAGCCAGGCGUUUGCAGGGGGCUUGGUGUAUGAGUAUGCGCAGGAGGAGAAUGAUUAUGGGCUUGUUGUUGUUGAUAGUAGCGGAGACGCUAAGCUACGUGAAGACUUUGAUGCGUUGCGGGAGCAGUACGGGAAACUUGACAUGGACCGGCUCAAGAAAGCGAGUAAGGCGCAUACGGACGCUGAGCCGGUGGAGUGCAGUUCGAGCCUCAUUACCAGUGGUGAAUUUCUGGAUUCGUUCGAGUUGCCCGAGAGGCCGGAGGGUGUGCAGAAGUUGAUUGAUGAUGGGUGCGGUGGGAAAGGUGGGAAGAUUGUGGGCUUUGGAGGGAGGGGUGUUACGCAGAAGAUUCAUGGGGCUAAUGGGGAGGUGGUUUCGGGUGUGAGCUUGGAUGUCCAGGAUGAGUCUGGUGACAAGGACAACGACAAUGAGGACAAGGGCAAAAACGAAGACAAGGAUGAGAAGAACGAUGAGGACAAGGACGACAAGCACAGCAGCAAUGAUACCAAUACCAACGAUGACAACGACGCUGCAUCCACCUCCACCACCCAGACCUCCGAAACCACCACCUUUUCUUCUGCUACACAAUCCACAACCACACCAACCCCCUCCACCCACAGCACCGACACCAUCUCAACCCCUAACUCGAGCUCAAGCUCGAGCACGAGCACGAUCAUCCACGCCACCGCCAGCGACAGCGCAAGUCCCAGCGCAAGCCCGACCCCGACUUACUACACGGGUGCCGGCAGUAAACUCUCGUCGUCGAUGCUUCUUGGCUUGUUGAGUGGUGUUGCGGGGUUGGUUGCUUUGCUGUGAUUGUUUAGGUGAUUUGAUUUUCAGUGUUUAGUUGUUUGUUUAGGGAGUGUAGUAUUUCCUGAUGUACUUGUAUUUUUAGUGAGUUGUAUGGUAAAAUUAAGAGUGAGCAAUCAUAUGUACCUCAGAUUAAAGUAUCCUUGAA